UGUCUGCGCAUACGCAGACUUGGCUGCACCCAGCGGGCAGACCUGCAGCUGAAACCUGCUGCCUUGGGUUCAGACCGGUAGGCAGGAGCCGUAAAACAAGUGCACACUGGGAAUUUAACCACAACGAGAAGCUGGCAACGGUGGUUCGGGCAUGGACUGCACUGGAUUUUGGAUAUUCCUGAUAACAACUUGUGUUAUUCCAGGAAUGAAUGGCCAGAGUGUGCAAAUGGAUGAUGGGAGGUGGGGGUAUAUUGGCUCAAAGGUGGAUCUCCGCUGUUGGUUCAUCAACAGCUCCCCGCCCGUCAAAAUAUCACAGGUAACGUGGCAGAAGCUGGUGAAUGGCACGAAGCAGAACGUGGCCAUCGCCAACCCCUCGCUGGGCGUGUCCGUGGCCCCGCCCUUCAGGGACCGAGUCACAUUCAAGAACGGAGCAGUGAGGAGGCGGACUCCGUCUCUGGAAGACACCACCAUCACCUUCUCCACGCUCCGCCUCUCCGACGAGUCCUCCUACAUCUGUGAAUACACCACGUUCCCUGCAGGAAACAGAGAAAACACUGUAAACCUCACUGUGUACGUUCGCCCAACUACUCAGAUGAGUCUGUCAACGCCGACACUGGUGGCUCGUUCCACCAAUCUAAAAACACCAGUGGCCACCUGCACCUGUGCCAACGGAAAACCAGCCGGUACCAUCAGAUGGGAGACUAGGGUGCCGGGGGAAGUGACCAACCGGGAGUACAGGAACUCCGACGGGACGUUUACUGUUCAGAGUGAAUAUAUUUUGGUGCCCAGCAAAGACACACACAAGGAGACGCUCACCUGCGUCACCUCCUACAACGAUGAGGUCUUCACUGACAGUGUCACCCUCGAUAUUCAGUAUGAGCCAGAUGUUGUGGUGGAUGGGUAUGAUGGAAACUGGUACCUGAACCGAGAGAACGUCCAGCUGAGCUGCCAAGCCGAUGCCAACCCGACCGUCUCUCUGUAUCAGUGGAGACUGGUUAAUGGCUCCAUACCGAGCAAUGCUGAGAUCCGAGACAACGUCCUGACCCUGAAGGGGCCGAUCACAUACGACCUGCAGGGCACCUACGUGUGUGACGCAACCAACAGCAUCGGGACCCGAUCAGGCUCUGUGGAAGUCAGCAUUAUAGAAAAGCCUUUACCACAGAUAGCAACGGGUGAUGUCAUCAGCGUAGUCGCCUUAUUGUUGGCUGCUGGAGUGCUUAUGGGCAUUACUAUCACAGUGCUGGUGCUCAAAAUCAGAAGUAAAAAAGGCAGCUCCUCAAAUGACUCUCCGUCCACAAAACUUUCCCAGACGAUAAGGAAAAGACCAGCAGACGACAUCCAGCACACAGGGCGGUUCUACGAAGAGCUUCCCAACACAGCGGACUAUGUGAGCUACAGACUGGCCUGCAACAAGGAGGAUUACCCAGAGCCCUACUCCCCUCCCAUCAAGCCUCCUCUCUCAUUUCUCCCCCAGCACCCUUACCCCUCCUCACAACCAACCCCUGCCACCAGCAGCAGCAGCAACAGCACGCCAAAAAACACCUUCUCUCCACCUUCACACACCAUGGCCAUCUUUAAAUACCCACCUGUACCGGGCAUGUCUUCUCCUCCUCCGGGAGUGGCGGCGUACACUUUUCCCAAAGAGCAGUACGUCUGAACUGAUGCUGGCACAGACUCAAACCUCUCAAAGUGAGCUCCAGAUUAAACGACACAAUUUAAACUCUAACCUUUCCAACGAGGAGGACCAUUUGUUUAACCCUGGCAGCGUCCCUGCACUCAAUCCCUCAUUGUGGAUGGCUCUGGAGGUCAAAAGACAAUACAUAUUUGUUUUUUGGACUUGGAAUUCAGUUCAAUUUUGAACCUUUUUUUCCCUUUCGGUUGGUCUUUUAUUGUGUUGUGUGUAUUAUGUGUUUUAUUCAUUAAAAAGGGAAGAUUAUUGAACCAUGUUUCAGAUGUGUAGGAUAGAGGAAGGUCACGUUAAAUAAGAGAUGACUGUCAUUUGUGUAUAUUGCAUGGAUGUAUAACAUUUGAUUGGAAAAUACUCUGAACUGAAUGAAUAGGAUGAUCUUUUGAUGUCCGAUGUGGUUCACCCUUUAUCCUCUCUAUGGUAUCAUUUUGUAAGAAAAUACAAUUUCUGACUUAAUCUGUUUAUCCUGCGUUGUACACACAAUCCUUUUACUGAGGGACACCAGGCCUCAGGUAUUUAUGAUGUAAUACUUUUAUUGUGCUUGUAUUUUGUAUUAUUUAUGUUUUUCUUGGAAAGAAAAAAAAAACUAUAAACAU